CUCGGGGAAGAACUGUAAAAACCCCCAGCAGCCGCCUCGCCUCGCCUCUCUGGGGGCCGGCCGUUUCUCCAAGUGGAACGACGGCGUGUGCGUGCGCGAGGGUGUGUGGCGGGCGCCCCGGGCCGAGCCGAGCUCGACCUGCCCCUGCAGCCGCCGCGGCGCAACUCGGGAGGGGAGCCCCCGGUUUUUUCUUGGCUUGCCCCAAAGCGUGAAUCACGUGGAUUUAACAACAACAACAAACCCAAAAAACUACUAGGAAAUCAAGCAGAACGAGGGGGUUCCGACUCGGUCGGCCCGCCCGCCAGACUAGACGCUUGAAGAGAAGCUGCAAUCCAAGAAGACGACAUGCUUUCUGCAACCCCCCUGUAUGGGAACGUUCACAGCUGGAUGAACAGCGAGAGGGUCCGCAUGUGUGGGAUCAACGAAGAUAGGAAAAUUCCUGUAAGUGAUGGGGACGCUUCAAAAGCCAGACUGGAACUGAGGGAAGAAAAUCCCUUGAACCACACUGUGGUGGAUGCAACUACGGCCCAUCGGAUUGAUGGCCUGGCAGCGCUGAGCAUGGACCGCACUGGCCUGAUCCGCGAAGGGCUCCGUGUCCCGGGAAACAUCGUCUACUCUAGCUUGUGUGGACUGGGCUCAGAGAAAGGUCGAGAGGCUGCCACGAGCACGCUAGGUGGUCUUGGGUUUUCUUCUGAAAGAAAUCCAGAGAUGCAGUUCAAACAGAAUACACCCGAGACAGUGGAGGCUUCCACUGUCUCUGGAAAACCCCCGAAUGGCUUCAGUGCUAUCUACAAAACACCACCUGGAAUACAAAAAAGUGCUGUGCCCACGGCGGAAACGCUGGGCUUGGACAGGCCUGCAAGUGACAAACAGAGCCCUCUCAACAUCAAUGGUGCUAGUUACCUGCGGCUGCCCUGGGUCAAUCCUUACAUGGAGGGGGCCACACCAGCCAUUUACCCUUUCCUCGACUCGCCAAAUAAGUAUUCACUGAACAUGUACAAGGCAUUGCUACCUCAGCAGUCCUACAGCUUAGCCCAGCCGCUGUACUCCCCUGUCUGCACCAACGGGGAGCGCUUUCUCUACCUGCCACCGCCUCACUACGUCAGUCCCCACAUCCCAUCAUCCUUGGCUUCGCCCAUGAGGCUCUCCACACCGUCAGCCUCCCCUGCCAUCCCACCUCUUGUCCACUGUGCAGACAAAAGCCUACCGUGGAAGAUGGGCGUCAGUCCUGGGAACCCCGUUGAGUCACAUGCCUAUCCCCACAUCCAGAACAGUAAACAACCCAGGGUGCCCCCUGCCAAGGCGGUCGCUAGUGGCCUCCCAGGGGACACAGCUCUCCUGCUGCCCCCUUCACCUCGGCCUUCGCCCCGUGUCCACCUCCCUACACAGCCUGCUGCAGACACCUACUCAGAAUUCCACAAGCACUACGCCAGGAUCUCCACCUCUCCCUCAGUCACCCUGUCGAAGCCAUACAUGACGGUCAGCAGCGAGUUCCCCACAGCCAGGCUGUCCAAUGGCAAGUAUCCUAAGGCUCCGGAAGGGGGUGAAGGUGCCCAACCAGUUCCUGGGCAUGCCCGGAAAACAGUGGUUCAAGACAGAAAAGAUGGCGGCUCACCUCCUCUGUUGGAGAAGCAGACAGUUACCAAAGACGUCACUGAUAAGCCACUAGACUUGUCUUCUAAAGUGGUGGACGUGGAUGCCUCCAAAGCUGACCACAUGAAAAAGAUGGCUCCCACGGUCUUAGUUCACAGCAGAGGUGGAAGUGGCUUAGUGCUCUCUGGAAGUGAGCUUCCGAAAGAAACAUUAUCUCCUCCAGGAAAUGGCUGUGCUAUCUAUAGAUCUGAAAUCAUUAGCACUGCUCCCUCAUCCUGGGUGGUGCCCGGGCCAAGUCCUAACGAAGAGAACAAUGGCAAAAGCAUGCCACUGAAAAACAAAGCAUUGGACUGGGCGAUACCGCAGCAGCGGAGUUCUUCUUGUCCCCGCAUGGGUGGCACAGACGCCGUGAUCAGUAAUGUUUCGGGGUCAGUGUCGAGCGCAGGCCGUCCAGCCUCCGCUUCGCCCGCCCCAAAUGCCAAUGCAGAUGGCACCAAGACAAGCCGGAGCUCCAUGGACACCACGCCAUCCGUCAUUCAGCAUGUGGGCCAGCCCCCGACCACGCCUGCCAAGCAUAGUGGCAGCACCAGCAGCAAGGGCGCCAAAGCCAGCAACCCAGAACCGAGUUUCAAAGCAAAUGAGAAUGGCCUCCCGCCAAGCUCAAUAUUUCUAUCUCCAAAUGAGGCAUUCAGGUCCCCACCAAUCCCCUACCCCAGGAGUUACCUCCCUUACCCAGCGCCCGAGGGCAUUGCUAUCAGUCCCCUCUCCUUACAUGGCAAGGGACCUGUCUACCCUCACCCAGUUUUGCUACCAAAUGGCAGUCUCUUUCCUGGGCACCUUGCCCCAAAGCCUGGACUGCCCUAUGGGCUGCCCACAGGUCGGCCGGAGUUUGUGACCUACCAAGAUGCACUGGGUUUGGGCAUGGUGCAUCCCAUGCUGAUACCACACACGCCCAUAGAGAUCUCUAAAGAGGAGAAACCAGAGAGGAGGUCCCGGUCUCAUGAGAGAGCCCGCUACGAGGACCCAACUCUUCGGAAUCGGUUUUCUGAGAUGUUGGAAGCCAGCAGCACCAAGUUACAUCCAGAAGUCCCCGCUGACAAGAGUUCGAAGGCAAACCCCAGCUGGAAUCAAGGGAAAACCGUUGUCAAAAGCGACAAGCUCGUCUAUGUAGACCUUCUCCGAGAAGAACAAGAUACUAAAACAGACACAAAUGUGUCCAAACCUAGCUUCGCAGCUGAGAGUGUUGGCCAGAGCACAGAGCCCACCAAGCCCCCGGCUGACCCGGGCCUGCAGCAGCACCGGGAUUUCAUCGCCCUGAGGGAGGAACUGGGGCACAUCAGCGACUUCAACGAACCAUAUGCUUUCAAACAGGCCCCAGGCCAGUCGAUGUUCAGCUUAAGCAAGGAGACUGUUCCAGCGGGUACCAACAAAGAGAACCUGGGGGUGCCUGUUGCGACUUCAUUCCUUGAGCCGGCUCUGGGGGGCGAUGGCCCUGCCAUAACUUUUGGUAAAACCCAAGAGGAGCCCAAACCAUUUUGUGUAGGCAGUGCCCCCCCGUCGAGUGUGGAUGGCACCCCCACCUAUACCAAAGAUGGAUCUGAUGAUGCCGAAUCAAAUGAUGGCAAAGUUCUGAAACCGAAGCCAUCCAAACUGGCGAAAAGAAUUGCAAACUCCGCUGGUUACGUUGGUGACCGAUUCAAGUGUGUCACUACCGAACUGUACGCGGAUUCCAGUCAGCUCAGCCGAGAACAGCGGGCAUUGCAGAUGGAAGGAUUACAAGAGGACAGUAUUUUAUGUCUACCCGCUGCUUACUGUGAGCGUGCAAUGAUGCGCUUCUCCGAGUUGGAGAUGAAAGAGCGAGAAGGUGGCCACCCAGCAACCAAAGACUCCGAGGUGUGCAAAUUCAGCCCAGCAGACUGGGAGAGGCUGAAAGGAAAUCAGGACAAAAAGCCAAAGUCGGUCGCCCUGGAGGAGGCCAUUGCAGACCAGAAUGACAGUGAGAGAUGCGAGUAUAGUGCUGGGAACAAACUUGAUCCCUUUGAAGCCCAGGAAGACAAAGAUCUCCCUGUGGAGAAGUUUUUCGUGGAGAGGCAGCCUCUGAGCGAGCCGCCCACUGACCCAGUGGCUGUGGACAUGCCCCACAGUCCCACCCUCCGACUAGACAGAAAACGCAAAGUCUCAGGGGACACCGUCCAAAAUGAGACCGCUGUGGAAGAUACGCCAGAGGACCCCCUGCUAAAAGCCAAGCGGAGACGGGUCUCAAAAGAUGACUGGCCUGAGAGGGAAAUGACAAACAAUUCCUCUAACCACUUAGAAGACCCACAUUAUAAUGAGCUGACCAACCUGAAGGUGUGCAUUGAAUUAACAGGGCUCCAUCCUAAAAAGCAACGCCACUUGCUGCACCUUAGAGAACGCUGGGAGCACCAAGUGUCACCAGCAGAGAGCAAACCUGGCCGACAAAACAGGAAGGAAGUGACCCAGGCAGUUCAGCCUGAGGUCACUGCCCAGGGGAAUAACAUCACCGAAGAGAAACCCAGCAGGAAAAGAUCAGAGGCCAAAGGCAAUAGAAGCUGGUCGGAAGAGUCCCUCAAAUCCAAUGACAAUGAACAAGGCUUGCCUGUGUUCUCCGGCUCUCCGCCCAUGAAGAGCCUUUCAUCCACCAGUGCAAACGGCAAAAAGCAGACCCAGCCAAGCUGUACGCCAGCCUCGAGGCCGCCUGCCAAACAGCAGAAAAUUAAAGAAAGCCAGAAGACAGAUGUGCUGUGCACAGACGAAGACGAGGAUUGCCAGGCCGCCUCCCUGCUGCAGAAAUACACCGACAGCAGCGAGAAGCCAUCCGGGAAGAGACUGUGCAAAACUAAGCACUUGAUACCUCAGGAACCCAGGCGGGGACUGUCACUGACAGGAGACUACUACGUGGAGAAUGCUGACGGCAAGGUGACCGUCCGAAGAUUCCGCAAGCGACCAGAGCCCACUUCAGACUAUGAUCUGUCACCAGCCAAGCAGGAGCAGAAGCCCUUUGACCGUUUGCAACAGUUUCUCCCAGCUUCCCAGUCCUCACAGCUGCCACGUGCAACUUCCCCUCAAGAGACGACACAGUCGCGCCCGAUGCCACCUGAAGCCCGGAGACUGAUUGUCAAUAAGAAUGCUGGUGAGACCCUCCUGCAGCGGGCUGCCCGGCUUGGCUACGAGGAAGUGGUCUUGUACUGCCUGGAGAACAAGAUUUGUGACGUGAAUCAUCGAGACAAUGCAGGUUACUGUGCCCUGCAUGAAGCUUGUGCAAGGGGCUGGCUCAACAUCGUGCGACACCUCCUUGAAUAUGGUGCAGACGUCAACUGCAGCGCCCAGGAUGGAACCAGGCCUCUCCAUGACGCAGUCGAGAAUGAUCACUUGGAAAUUGUUCGCCUGCUCCUUUCCUACGGUGCUGACCCCACUCUGGCUACGUACUCAGGUAGAACCAUCAUGAAAAUGACUCACAGCGAACUUAUGGAAAGGUUUUUAACAGAUUAUUUAAAUGACCUUCAGGGUCGCAGUGAUGAUGACUCCAAUGGCUCUUGGGACUUCUAUGGCAGCUCUGUGUGUGAACCAAAUGAUGAAAGUGGAUAUGAUGUUUUGGCAAACCCACCAGGACCAGAGGACCUGGAGGAGGAUGAUGAUGCCUAUAGCGAUGUAUUUGAAUUUGAAUUUUCAGAAAGCCCCCUCUUACCGUGUUACAACAUCCAAGUGUCUGUCUCUCAAGGGCCACGAAAUUGGCUAUUGCUUUCAGACGUGCUUAAGAAAUUGAAAAUGUCAUCCCGCAUAUUCCGCUGCAAUUUUCCAAAUGUGGAAGUUGUCACAAUUGCAGAGGCAGAGUUUUACCGUCAGGUUUCAGCAAGUCUGUUGUUCUCUUGCUCCAAAGACCUGGAAGCCUUCAACCCUGAAAGCAAGGAGCUGUUAGACCUGGUAGAAUUCACCAGCGACCUGCCGGCUCUGCUUGGCUCCUCUGUGGAGUGGCUACACCCCAGCGACAUGACCUCGGAUGACUACUGGUGAGCGCACCAGGCCCGCCGUGUACAGUGUGUCAUAGUGUUAAUCCUUGUGCAUAUGUGUCAUAAUACGACUAUUUCUGUAAAGAAAGGACACUAUUACAUAUGAAAAUAUCUCUUCUUUAUAUAAGAGAAGUGACUCCAAUUGGAAGGACUUAGAAACAUGUUUUUUCUUUUUAAACUUCAGUCAGUUUUUGUGAAAUUGUUAUGAUGUUUCUUUACUUUCAAAUGCACACAUGUUUUGGGAUGUUUGUUUUUACUUGGAACUUUUUUUUUUUUUUCUCAUCUUUUCUUUUUUAAGGAGAAAAAAAAUGAGGACAAGGAAAUCCACACUUUGGCUUUCUUUCAUACAAAGCUCUGAGGACAGAAGCUGUAACUGUUAAAAGUGUGGUCAGGAUUGUGUGGUUGGUUUGGGGGAGCGAAUUGGGUAAAGGCACUUGGUGAUGUAGUUUUAUGUUUUGUUUACAGAGUACCUGCUCGGGCCAGGUAAAUGCUAUUGGAUGUAAUCCAGUAGUGUGUAAUAUAAAUUAAAACCAUUUCCACACACAACAACUAAUUGUAUGAAACUUUUAUAUCCUAAUUUAAAAGCUGUGAAAUUAGUUUUCACGCAUCAAACCGGAUUGUUUAUAUGUUUAAACAUUUUAUGCUCUUAUUUAAAGAAGACUUUGAGCUAUUUUUUUCUGUACCCUGUAAAAUAUUGAAAACUAACAAUAAUAUGUUGAGGUUGCUUGAAAAUGUACAUAAAACUAAAAUUUUCUGAAUCGUGUGUUUAUGUUUGAAAUCUGUGUUUUAACUUUGUAAGUAAAUUCUCUGCCUUUGUAUUUAUAUUUUACAAAAAUUUUCUUAAAAGGCAAUAAACCUGUUGAGGAAAGGAGAAAAUUGAAGUACCUUGUGUCCUAUGUAUUCCUGAAACAUAUUAUUGUUGUCACUGAUUUUGUUUUAAACGAUGUUGAUAAUCAAGUCCCUAUGCAGAACUUGAGCAAACUGGAGGAUUUCAGAGGAAUUGCACUCAACAUGAUUUGGAGUCCUAUCCUAAAACCUCAAUUCUUGGGCAUAUGUUUUUAUGUCUCAGAUCCUUCUCUCCUCCAUCUCCUUUGAUGCCUUUGUAGGCUUUUUUCAUUGCCUUCGGCCUUGAUGUACUGCAGUAGCCGCAUCAUGGCCAGCCCUUUAUCUUUAGGAAGGCUUUUUCCUGAAACAGUUUUCAUUGUGUCAUCUCGCAUCCUCCAGGUCUCAGAUGUUUUUCUGGUACCUUUACGAUCAAGUCCAAACUCCUUGGCCUGAUAGUCAAGGACCGUAGCUUUUACCUCUCAACUCCAUUGCUCUUAUUUUUCCAACAGUGUCUGUGCUGGGUACGGCUGGUUGAUAUUUGAUUUCUGUCUCUGCAUCCUUUUAUGCCCUCCUUUCACUGCAGGAGCUAGAGAGCUGAAAACUACAUAUUCCAGACUCCCUUGCAGCUAGGUUUCUGAAUGCACAUUAGGGUUGGAAGGCAAAGUGUGGUAGGGGAACUUUCCCACCUCAGAGACCGAAGGUAAGAAGGGUCAGGGAGAUGGGCUGGCCAGGUGGAGAAUUCCAACAGCUAAUUUUCAGCUUUGUGGGUGAUGAGAGGCAGUAGUGGCUGUGGCAGCAGCAGAUUUUUAAUCUCUGGGCGGCAGCCUUAGCAAAUUGUUGUUGAACCCAGUAUUUCUAGUGUCAUCCCCUUCCAAAGAUUGCUAAGCAUCUGAUUCCUUGUAUCAAAUCCAUUUGUGCUUAAAAUGCCUCGCCAGUGGCAGAGCAAAAGAAAGGAAGCGAGGGGUCAAGGAAGAGGUCAUGGAAACCAUAUUGGGUCUUGAAGUAUGUGAAGAAAAGGGGGAAGACGGGCGAGGAAGGGGCCAGCAAAUACUGUGACGUGACAGGUGGGGGAAGUGAGGAACACUUGCAAAUGGUAUAAUCCAGGAUGGUUAGAUAGUGGGUGUGAGCAAUGAGAAAGGGUGCCAUUGCUUGGGAAAGACUGAGUACUAAAGCCAAUAAGCUUUUUCUGAAUAAAACUUUUUUAUAUAUUUAUUUUUAAAUUAAAAAAGAUCCCUCUCAAUUUCUGAUCCAAAACUUCAGAAAUAGAAUUUCUUGUCAUCUCAUGCCAACACCCCUCCCCCACUCGAGAGUUAACCACUGUUAAUAAUUCACUAAAUUUUUGUUUUUUAGGAAGUUACGUCAAACGGCAGGUGGGAAUGGAGAAAUGAAAAGAGCAGAUAGGAAGCCCUGUAAAACAGACCUGCAAAAAUGAUUUAAGCAAAAGAGGACUGGUGAGCCUGAACUACUGUAGGCAAUCAGGUACUCUCAAAAGCCCA